GCGAUCGUCCCACGUCUGCACUUUGUGUAGUUUGCUUUGACAAGUUGGAAAUUAUUAAAAAAAUGGAAUAUUUUAAAAGUAGUUUAAAAUCCGUUUUAGGAACUGCUCCUGCUGGAACGCAAACAACAGGUGCUGAUACAGUGGAGAAGUUAGUAGACAGAUUGCAAUCAUCUACUUUACUCGAUGAUAGAAGAGAUGCAUGUCGUGCACUCAAGGCAUUAUCCCGCACGUACCGUUUGGAAGUAGGUGCUCAAGGAAUGGAUGCACUGAGACAAGUUUUAGAAAUGGACAGGACAGAUUGUGAGAUAAUUGGUUUAGCUUUGGAUACUUUGUGCAAUAUAACAAACCCUGAAACAUUUGAUGAGGAAGAAAUUGAUAAACAUGAUUCUAAGAACAAAGUAGGUGAACAGUUUACAGAAAUAUUUAUCAAACAUCCUGAUAGUGUCGGAUUAGUAUUAGCAUUUCUUGAAGAAUUUGAUUUUCGCGUUAGAUGGCCAGCACUGAAACUGUUAACAUAUUUAUUAGCAAACAGAUCUAAAGACAUCCAAGAAAUAAUAUUGGUCAGUCCUAUGGGAGUCUCUAAAUUGAUGGAUUUAUUGAGUGACAGCAGAGAAAUUAUACGUAAUGAUGUUUUAUUACUACUUAUUCAAUUAACGAAAGGCAAUGCAAAUAUACAAAAAAUAGUAGCAUUUGAAAAUGCAUUUGAUCGAAUAUUUGAUGUUAUCAAACAAGAAGGUAAUGCAGAUGGUGGUAUUGUUGUGGAAGAUUGUCUCUUGCUGAUGUUAAACCUUCUCAGAGGAAAUGUUAGUAAUCAAAACUUUUUUAAAGAAGGUAGCUACAUUCAGAAAUUAACACCAAUGUUUCAAAUACCAAAUGAACUAGAGGAUAAUAAUCUCGGUGGAUGGAGCCCACAGAAAGUGUCUAAUGUUCAUUGCAUGGUGCAAGUUAUACGGGCAUUGGUAGCACCUAGUGCUCCCGCUCAGGCAGUUGCUGCUUGUCAACGAACCAUGAGGGCAUGUGGAUUAUUGCAAGCAUUGUGUGAUAUACUGAUGGCAAGUGGAGUGCCUGCAGAUGUAUUAACUGAAACUAUUAACACUGUGGCAGAAGUAAUAAGAGGGAAUGCUAGUAAUCAAGAAUUCUUGGCAAGUGUCAUGGCGCCGAGUAUUCCACCAAGGCCGGCUAUUGUUGUUCUACUGAUGUCCAUGGUGAACGAGAAGCAACCAUUUAUUUUACGAUGUUCAGUACUAUAUUGUUUUCAAUGCUUUUUAUAUAAAAAUGAAGUGGGACAAACGCAAUUAAUUCAAACUUUAUUACCGCAAGGCAAUGAAGCACCAUCACUAACUACAGGACAGUUGCUGUGCGGCGGAUUGUUUUCUACAGAUUCUUUGUCAAAUUGGUUCUCCGCUGUGGCAUUAUCUCACGCCUUGAUUGAAAAUAUAAGUCAAAAGGAGCAACUCUUGAGAGUACUUCUCGCGACCAAUAUCGGCAAGCCACCGGUGACGCUUAUGCAACAAUGUGUCAUGUUGUUACAGCAGGGUAACAAAACGCAAUGUAAAUUGGGUCUACUGAUUUUACUUUGUCGAUGGACUUCCUAUUGUCCACUCGCGGUCAAGUCGUUUCUAGCUAUUGACUCUUCAGUAGCAUAUUUAACAGCCCUCCUAUCGUCGCAAGAGAAUAACGAAGAUUUGCAAGAGACCUUAUUACAUAGUAUGUGUGCUUUACUUAUCGGUAUUUGCGUACACUUUAACGAUGAUAGUGUAUCUACAUACACGAAGGAGAAGGUAUGCAAUUUAAUAGAGAAUAGAAUAGGUUUGGAAAAGUUUCAAGAUGCGAUCGGCGGUAUUGCUAGACAUGAAGUAUAUUCCAGAACAUUAAAACAUCCACAGCCUUCAACUAAAAAGCCAUCUGAACUUUUAUUAGAUCAUGAAUUUUGCAGACUGUGGAAAAGUUUAGAAGGUGUUGUAAUAAAAUCAGUGAUGGAUGCUAAUAGUGAACAUCAGAAUAAGAAUCAAUUAUCUAUGAUGAGUUUAUCUGAUAGCACGCUGGUUUCACAAUAUAAAGAUCUUAUCAGGGAGCAGGAUACACAAAUUCAACAGCUAAAGCAACAGCUGAAUCAGACUCAUGAUUCUUUCAUAAAAAAGAAUGAAGAACUUGAAGCAGAAAUACAAACGCUUCGGUCGACUGUUAGUCAUUUACGAGACCAAAAUUUAGUUCUUCGAGCUGCACAAGCGAAUAUAGGAGAGGGAAAAGAAAUCAUUAGUUCUAGCAACAAUGUGGAACACUUGGAGAAAGAGUUACAAACGUACAAAACGAUGGUUGUGGAUUUAGAAAAUCGUUUAGUGGAAUAUUCACACGUAGUACAAGAGCACAAAGAUAACGAUAAUACAAAGAAAGAAUCAGAAAAUUCUAAUAAAAUAAAAGAAUUAGAAUAUCAAUUAAAAUUAAAGAUAGAGGAAAUUGAAAAAUUGAAGAAGGAUCAAGAAAAUCUUUUAGAGCUUCUAACUGAUCAAGAUAGUAUUAUUACGCGAUACAAAGAAAGAUUGGCCGAAUUAGGAGAUAAGGUCGAAUCUGAUGAAAGUUCCGGUGAACCUGACACGGAUGAUCAACCAGAAUCAAGUAACUGAAAUAUUUUUAAUCAAUAUUUUUUCAUUUAAAAUAUAUAAGUGGACAGUUUUUUUUAAUAAAUUCUGUUUUGUAAAGAUUUCAUUUUACGUGUCAUAAAUAUAUAGUAUGAAAAUAUAGAAUAUAUUUACAAGACAUAUAUAAUGACAUACGUUACACAUAAUUAUAAAUUAUAAAUGUUAU